UCGUACGCCAUAGACAGUUCCUUCCACGUGGUUUUAUCGUCUCGGGAUGACAAGUCAACCCAUCAGUCACCUGUCUCAAACUCGUUCCCAGAGCCCAUGACGGUAAAGACCCUGGGAACGAGGAUGAACGCAAGGCAGGCAGGGAGUCAAGUGAGGGGAGGGGACGAAGUAUUUUAUUCGAUUUCCCCUUCUUUACAUACCCUCCGUCAUUUUAACAUGAUUAUUGAAGUGCUUCAAAAUUGAAGCUAGUAUAUUUUGAAAAGAGGGGAAAAAAAUUAAAUAGAGAGAAAUAGUUAAAAUCAGGUUAAAAUAAUAACUUGGAGACUCCAGUGGUUCGAAGUCUUCCCAAGAGAGGUCUGGUUAGUAGUUACGAUGUUCACCCGGCACCCACACGUGAACCGAAAGUUGAUCGCAAACAUGGCCGCAGCCAAGAAGUUCGAGAAACCUCUUUUGGAAAGGUCUUUCUCAAACGAUAUCGAUAAAUCACACGUGACAGAUUCGAAACAUGGAUUCCAUCUGCUCAAAGGUCUUUUGACCAUGUACAAAGAUGGCAGAUACUCCGAUGUCACCCUGAAGAUCGGCGAAAAACGGAAGGUGCAAGCCCAUCGUGUCGUGUUGGCCUCAUUCAGCCCUUACUUUGAAGCCCUUCUUGGAACCAACUGGGAAGACGGAAAGAAAGACGAGAUAGAGAUCCUUUGUUUGGACGAAAGCGCUGUUGGGGAUUUGAUUGAGUUCGCAUAUUCGGGAAAUAUUGAUAUCAGCAAAGACAAUGUGCAGACUUUGCUCGAAGCAGCCAAUUAUUUGGGUGUAGAGUUUGUCAAGAAUUCUUGCGGGGACUUCUUGAAACGCGCUAUCGAUGACAAAACCUGCCUGGGCAUUUGGCAGCUUGCAGAUGUGUUUGCGCUGGAAGAGCUGAGGAAAGAAGCUAAAAAGCAUGGCCUACGACAUUUUGCAGAUGUCUGCAAGAAAGAGGAGUUCCUGAGUCUUCCGUUCAAUUUUCUGACCGAGCUCCUGGCAGAAGAAGAGAUCUGUGUGGUCAUCGAUGGCUUGAUCCCGUGUUUAGAAGUAAGGGAAAAGAUCGUGCUUCAAGCGGUGUUCCAGUACAUCGAGCAUGAUGUCGAAAAUCGAAAAGAUUAUCUUCCAAAAGUGUUGCCCUUGGUUAGACUCCCAACUCUGUCAGAGUCAUAUCUCAAGGAAGUCUUAUCACGCAAGCUUCUCUCAGACACCUGUGAAGAAAUAGUGGUAAAAGCCCAGAAACUGAAAGAUGAUCCCCCUGAGAAAGAUUCAACAGAUGAAAAGUGGGCCACUCCAAGGGAAUUUGCCAGAAAGGUUGUCACCUGGGGACGCUCCUUUGCUAAUGGAGGGCAGGUGAAUCCUGAAACAGGACAUCACACUGACAAGGAGACAGUUGAAGAUUUAGACAAUGAAGUUUACAUCAAGGGAAUGGAACUGUGGAUUCGAAGGUGGGAUGGUCGACCUGUGCUUGGUGGCCUCAAGAUUGUUUACAAUGGUGACAAAGUGGAGAAGUUUGGAGGUGACUCUGCUCAGUCUGAACACCAUGAAUUUCAUUUGGAGGAAAAUGAGAGGAUUGUUAAAGUUGAAAUUAGAUCUGGCUGGAUGAUUGAUAGCCUGACAUUUUACUCCAACAAAUGUGAUACUGAUGGCAGUCCAAAAAGCUAUGGCCCUUAUGGAGGCGUUGGUGGGUCUUCCAGUUCAGAGACUCCAUUAGGAUCAUUUGGUUAUCUAGCGGGUGUUGCUGCUGCAAUUGUCCACUCACAAGGUGAAGAAGGAAUCACCAGACUUCAGUUUGCUUGGAGAACGUAUGUUCUUCCCGGUGAUCCAGAGCCAUUGCAAAAUAGAUGCAAAGUUAAUGACGUUUUCUACGAUGAUGAUAGCGAAGAUGAUGAUUACGAUGAUUACGAUGAUUAUGAUGAGGAUGAUGAUUAUGAUGAUUACGAUGAUUAUGAUGACUAUGACGAUUUUGAUGAUAUUUUUGACCAGGAACUUGGAGUGCAGCCUUACAUGUUUGAGCCACUUGCCUAAGUCGGCAGAUUAUGGGCCUGUUUUCAUGCUGGAAGGACUUUUUCCAAGAAACAUUCUCUGGUUUGGCCGGAAAUCUGACUUACACGUAAAUUUCCUUCAAAUGAUAGUUUUGUGUUUUGUUAUAGGUGUCACUAAGUCCUGCUUAUAAAAGUCUCAGUGAGAAAAACUAUGUAUAGUUUAAUGCAGACUAAGUUACCACUCUGCUGAUAGAUCAGAGUUCUAUUGUAUCUUGUUACAUUUUUUUAAGAUACAUUGUUUGAUGUUAGUAUACCCAAACAAAUCUUGAAGGUUGUAUCUCACAGUUUGUAAGACUAGUGUAUAUGCAUUAAAAGUAGUUUUCAAUUAGA